GUCCUUUGUGGACGACGUGUUUAUGACGGCAUUAUACAAUAUAAAAAUAUUUUUGACUCCAUUUGUUGUUUCACCGAAUCACUUUGAGUAAUGUUACCACCACUUGGCCCAAUACCCUGCAGUUUGAGCUGCCCGAAUUGCUCCAAACAGGUGACAUCGCGUAUGGAAUACAGAUCUUCGACAAAAUCACAUAUUAUUGCUUUACUACUCGCUGGAAUGCUCUGCCUGCCUUGCGCCUGCGCUGUGUAUUGCACGGAUUGCGCACGAAAUGUGGAGCACUACUGCCCAUCUUGUAAUGCCUUUUUGGGUGUAUAUGACCGCUGAGUUGAUUUUGAUAAAAUGCUUAAGUGAAUUUUAACUAAGAAGGAUAUUAAACGAAAUUGGAAAUUUGAACACAAAAUCUUUUGUCGCAAAAAACAGUAAACAUUUUUGAAACUUAUUGAUAUGAUAUUUAAUACUAUCUAUAUAGAUAGAUAUUAAAAUAUCUCUAAACACAUCUAUAAUAGUAAGUUGACUAUAAGGUUUUUCUUUGACUAACUCGAAAAUCGAUAAAAAAAAGUGUAGUCAGUGCGAAAUGCCGAAAAAAUUUAUGAAUUUAUAUAACUUUGUUACUUUUGAUUAUGAGUUUUUUGUUACACUUCUACAUUUUUCUACAAAAUUAUCCACCUUUUUAUAGAAAUUCAAAAAAUCAGCAUGAAACCCAUACAAAUUUAAAGCUAAAUCUUAAAAUUAGGAUGGCUUAAAUCCUUUCCGAUUAAAAAAUAUAUUAAUAUGAGUGCAGUCAACUUAUAUUAUUCUGUAAUACGAGUAUGCUAUUAAA